UGGACUGUGAUGUUUAUUAUUACCACAUUCACAAGCUCUGUGCUCAGUUUGCUUGUCAAAGCUCCAACAUGGAAGUUCAAAAAGCAGGUCUUUUAUUCUGUCUUUUCCUCUUCUCAGGCUGUUUCUGUCAAACGCUCUUGAAUCUGCUCUGUACAGCUGCUGAAGACUGUAUGCACUGCAAUGGAGAAGACUACAGAGGCAAGAUCUCCAUCACUGAGAGUGGAUACACCUGCCAACGCUGGGACUCUCAGACACCACACAAACAUAAUUACAUCCUUUUAUUUUUACAGAACUUGAGGGAGAACUAUUGCAGGAACCCUGGUGGAGAUCCCAGACCCUGGUGUUAUACCACAGAUCCAUCCAAACGCUGGGAGUACUGCUCUAUUCCUCGAUGCACCACUGAACCACCCACAUUUGUACCAGAGCUCACCUGUAGUUCUGAAGUAGGAAGAUAUUACAGAGGAACUAUUUCUGUGACCAAAUCAGGCAAAACUUGCCAGAGCUGGGCAUCUCAAACUCCUCACAAACAUGACAGAUCUUCAGUAAACUACCCAUGCAAAGGUCUUGAAGAGAACUACUGCAGGAACCCUGAUCGUGAAAAAGCACCAUGGUGUUACACCACAGACCCUGAGACCCGCUGGGAACACUGCACUGUGCCCAAUUGUAGAGAUCAACCUGGCUGUUUCUGUCAAACGCUCUUGAAUCUGCUCUGUACAGCUGCUGAAGACUGUAUGCACUGCAAUGGAGACGACUACAGAGGCAAGAUCUCCAUCACUGAGAGUGGAUACACCUGCCAACGCUGGGACUCUCAGACACCACAUCAACAUGAUUACAUCCUUUCAUUUUUACAGAACUUGAGGGAGAAUUAUUGCAGGAACCCUGGUGGAGAUCCCAGACCCUGGUGUUAUACCACAGAUCCAUCCAAACGCUGGGAGUACUGCUCUAUUCCUCGAUGCACCACUGAACCACCCACAUUUGUACCAGAGCUCUUCUGUAGUUCUGAAGAUGGAAGAUAUUAUAGAGGAACUAUUUCUGUGACCAAAUCAGGCAAAACUUGCCAGAGCUGGGCAUCUCAAACUCCUCACAAACAUGACAGAUCUUCAGUAAACUACCCAUGCAAAGGUCUUGAAGAGAACUACUGCAGGAACCCUGAUCGUGAAAAAGCACCAUGGUGUUACACCACAGACCCUGAGACCCGCUGGGAACACUGCAAUGUGCCCAAUUGUAGAGAUCAACCUGUGGAGGGAAGAGAUGUGCUUGAUGCUGAAUCACUGGGCAGUGCUGAAGUGGAGGGAAGAGAUGUGCUUGAUGCUGAAUCGCUGGGCGGUGCUGAAGUGGAGGGAAGAGAUGUGCUUGAUGCUGAAUCACUGGGCGGUGCUGAAGUGGAGGGAAGAGAUGUGCUUGAUGCUGAAUCACUGGGCGGUGCUGAAGUGGAGGGAAGAGAUGUGCUUGAUGCUGAAUCACUGGGCGGUGCUGAAGUGGAGGGAAGAGAUGUGCUUGAUGCUGAAUCACUGGGCAGUGCUGAAGUGGAGGGAAGAGAUGUGCUUGAUGCUGAAUCGCUGGGCGGUGCUGAAGUGGAGGGAAGAGAUGUGCUUGAUGCUGAAUCACUGGGCGGUGCUGAAGUGGAGGGAAGAGAUGUGCUUGAUGCUGAAUCGCUGGGCGGUGCUGAGAUGGAGAUGUCUGCAACAGAAGAUUGUAUGCACUGCAGAGGAGACGACUACAGAGGCAACAUCUCCAUCACUGAGAGUGGACACACCUGCCAACGCUGGGACUCUGAUCCACUAAAUAAAUACACGGCAUCAACAUACCCUGAGAAGAACUUGGAGAAGAACUUCUGCAGGAACCCUGAUGGAGAGCUCAGGCCCUGGUGCUAUUCCACAAAUCCAUCCAAACGCUGGGAGUUCUGCUCUAUUCCCCGAUGUAGAACUGAACCAGCCGCAAUAGUUCCAGAUCACACCUGUAUUACUGGAGAUGGAAGCUCUUACAGGGGAACUGUUUCUGUGACCAAAUCAGGGAAAACUUGCCAGAGUUGGACAUCUCAAACUCCUCACACGCAUGGCAGAACUCCAGACAACUCCCCAUGCAAAGGUCUUGCAGAGAACUACUGCAGGAACCCUGGUAAUGACCGAGCGCCCUGGUGUUUCACCACAGACCCCGAGACCCGCUGGGAAUACUGCAAUGUGUCCAGAUGUCGAGCAUUAAUGAAAUAUUGUCCACUUAGAACCAAAGUUAAUCAAAAUGUGUGUUGUAGAUACCCUGAGAAGAACUUGGAGGAUAACUAUUGCAGGAACCCUGAUGGAGAGCUCAGGCCCUGGUGCUAUUCCUCAAAUCCAUCCAAACGCUGGGAGUACUGCUCUAUUCCCCGAUGUAGUAAGAAAUCACUUUCAGCCUUUUAUUAUAUGAUAUUAUUAAUCAUUGAUCAUCUUUCUCUUGUAGGAACUGAACCAGCCACAAUUGUCCCAGAACACACCUGUAUUACUGGAGAUGGAAGCUCUUACAGAGGAACUAUUUCUGUGACCAGUUUAGGGAAAACUUGCCAGAGUUGGACAUCUCAAACUCCUCAUAAACAUGAUAGAACUGCAGAGAAGUACCCCUGCAAAGGGCUUGUAGAGAACUUCUGCAGGAACCCUGAUAAUGACAGAAUGCCCUGGUGUUUCACCACAGACACCGAAACCCGCUGGGAAUACUGCACUGUGCCCAAAUGUGAUGACCAACCUGAACCUGAAGAUUGUAUGCACUGCAGAGGAGACUACUACAGAGGCAACAUCUCCACCACUGAGAGUGGAUACACCUGCCAACACUGGGACUCAGAUCCAAAAAAUAAAUACAUGCCAUCAAAAUACCCUGAGGAGAACUUAGAGAAGAACUACUGCAGGAACCCUGAUGGAGAGCUCAGGCCCUGGUGCUAUUCCUCAAAUCCGUCCAAACGCUGGGAGUUCUGCUCUAUUCCUCAAUGCAGAACUGAACCGUCCACAAUUGUACCAGAGCUCACCUGUAUUACUGGAGAUGGAAGCUCUUACAGGGGAACUGUUUCUGUUACCAAAUCAGGGAAAACUUGCCAGAGCUGGACAUCUCAAACACCUCACAAACAUGACAGAACUCUAGAAAACUACCCCUGCAAAGGUCUUAAAGAGAACUACUGCAGGAACCCUGAUAAUGACAGAAUGCCCUGGUGUUUCACCACAGACCCCAAGACCCGCUGGGAAUACUGCAAUGUGUCAAGAUGUGAUGACCAACCUAAAUCUGGUCUGUAUCUGAAAUGUGGACAGCCAGCAAUAGAAACAAAAAGUUGCUUGUGGCAUGUUGUUGGGGGAUGUGUUUCUGAACCCCACUCCUGGCCUUGGCAGAUCAGUCUUAGAAAAGGUGCUGAGAAAUCUCACUGGUGUGGUGGAACUCUGAUUGAUCCGCAAUGGGUCCUCACCGCAACACAUUGCCUUAAGGAGUCUCCAAGUCCAUCUGUUUACAAGAUCUUCCUCGGAAUCCACACAAAAAAUGGGUCUGAAUCAUCCAAACAGGAACGAGGUGUUAUUAAAAUGGUUAUGGAACCAUCUGGAACUGACAUUGCACUUAUAAAGCUAGACAGGCCAGCAGUACUUAAUGAUCAGGUAUCGCUUGCUUGUCUACCAGAAAAGGACUAUAUUGUACCAGACGCUACUGAAUGCUUUAUAACAGGCUGGGGCAAGACACAGAGAACUGGUGGAAAGGGUUACCUGAAAGAGGCCGGCGUACCAAUAAUUGAGAACAAAAUCUGCAACAAUCCGUCAUUUUUGAAAGGCCGCAUAAAGGAACAUGAGAUGUGCGCUGGACACAAAGAGGGCGGAAAAGACUCUUGUCAGGGUGACAGCGGUGGACCUCUCGUCUGCAAAGCACAGAACAAGUUUGUUCUUCAGGGAGUGACAUCAUGGGGUAUUGGUUGUGCACAAGCUAUGAAACCUGGAGUGUACGUACGAGUCUCUAAGUUUAUCAACUGGAUUGAACAAACCCUGAAAGAAAAAUGAUGCAUCUAGCUUUCCUGUGGCUCAGUGGUAAGAUCAUGGCACUAGCAAUGCCAAGGUCAAGGCUUCGAUCCCACAGGAUUGCACAUAGUCAGAAACAAAAGUAUAAUAUAAUGCAAUUUAAGCUACGUCUGCCAAAUGCGUAUUUGCAAAUCUUGAACACAAAUGUAUAAUGGGAUAUACAUUAGAAUUUAAAUGUACAUCUUCUCUAUAGAAUAAAAUUAUUAUGAUACAAAA